AUGCUCUCCUGGCUCGGCUUCGCAAGCAGAACACCACGAAUGGACGCAGAACAAAAAGACUCCCAUAAUGACCGUUCAGCAACAGCUGCUGGACGAAACACACUGGCAGACGAUCAUCGAGGCACACCACAUCACCAAAGUGUCCCACGCCACCGAGAUAACGAUAAUGGCUUGCUCGAGCAGUUCUCAAGAAUCGUAGAGCCUACUCAACUAUUGCAGGCUCGUAAAGAGCCCAAGAGAGAGAGGUCUCAAGACUCGCGCAACGACAGUCGGGAUGGCGACAUGCAAGGAUCAGUUUCUCGGCGCGAAACUAGAGAAGGGAAGAAAGAUGGCAGUCGAAAGUUAAAGGAGGCUCGGAAGUACGGCAAGGAGGAAGUCAGGGUUUUGAUGAAGGACAAGGAGGAGUUGAAGUCGGAACUGAAUCAGACGAUCAGACGUCUCCAUUACGCCGAGGACACUAGUCAUCAUGUGAAGCAAAAACUUCGAAAAGCGGAGGAGGAGCUUCAACAACUAGUCGAUCGAGAUGCCGAAACCAUAAACCACCUUCGCACACAGUUGGAAUCCCAACACCGCCAGGGCCAAGCUUCGGAGGCUAAGAUACGCCAACAGACGGCCGAUAUCAACGCCCUAAGGGAGCAGUUACGUCGAACAGAGGCCAAUAACUCCCAGACCACCCAGUUAUUGGAUGUGCGAACUGCGGAGCUGAAGGGCGCCCAAGUCUUCUUGACGAAGGCAGACUCGUUCGCAGGAGCGGAUUUGAUCAAAAUGGUGGAAUCAUUGAACUCCGAGAUGUUCCAGGGUGCGGCGUUCAUGUCAGAAGGGCUGGAAUUCGACGAGGUGGCAGGGAGGAAUGCAAGAUUGAAUGCACAAAUAACGGAGCGCGCAAAAAUCCUCCUGGGCUCGGUGAUGUUCUCCCAACUUCUCGCAAAGCCGCCAACAGUCGAUCCCCUUCCUUUGCAACUUGCGUUGCAGUCAGUCAUGAUCCUACGCUGCAGACAGAUCAUACAGCUAUUGUGUCCCAUGGAGUACGGAGACCAUAACGAUUUCCUCAAGAAGGUUUACAAUGGGAUCCAAGCCUCGGAGGAACAGGCUGUCACAGGCCGAUGGCGCGCAAUGACGCAAGCACAGCUAAGGCCUUCUCGAUCAUACGCCUCCCACAUCGCGGAAGAUCUCGUUAACGUCUUGAUAGUCUGUGGGUUGUCGACGAGCAACUCCGAAUAUCAGGUCAUAAUCAAGGACAUUAAACACCGCAUGUCGCUACUUGAGAAGGCAGCUUUGCAACUCAGGGUGGCUCUUAAAGAAGGAGUCACUUCUGUCGAUAUUGAGCCGUUUGAUAUUUCGACCAGGGCUCAGUUCGACCCAACAAACAUGGAUGAUGCGUACGGAGACAGCAGGAAGGAACGAAAACGCGGGGACGGGGAGCGCAUCAUGUGCACAACGGACAUGGGAUUGCGCAGAGUUCUGACGAAGCGCUCCGUUGAUGGGCAAGUUCAGUCGUACUAUGACGUCAUCCUCAAGCCCAAGGUGGUUUUAGCCUCGUCCUUAACGGACGAGGGGGAGGCUCAAACGCCCUUAGGGUAG